CUAGCCACUUCCGCUUGGAAACGAAACCCGAACGAGCACGCUCUUUUGCCUGUCGGCUACUAAUUACUGGAUAUAUGCUGUUUUAAGACAUAUUAAUUAGAAUUGUUUAAAGACAUUCUGUUGUUAUAAACUGGAAAUGGACAAUCCUAUUAUGCAGGGGUCAACAAAAAAAUAUGACAUUCCACUUGCACAUCUGGACUUCAGUUACAUCAGACAGUGCAAAGAUGUCAAAGAGCUGGAGAAGAUAUACAGAAUUCUGAAGUCCAAUGAGGAAGGUUAUUUCCCAGAUCUGGAGAAGUGUUGUGAAGAAAAAAUAUUGGAACUUAAUCCUAACAGUCGAUUGCUCAGAAAGGAGACUCCUCUCUUCACUAAAAGAGAUCUGGAUCUGGAUGAAAGACAGCAAAUUGAUGAAGAUGUUAAGACCUGGUCCAGUGACAUGAAGAUGAUGGAGGGAAAUGUUGCUGGUGGCAUCGCUUCUGGCACAGAUUAUGUACCUGAUCUACCGCCUGUUCGCUCAGGAACCAUAACUCUCACAGCAGAAGGGGCAAAGAGUAGUAAGCCAGCUGGCCAAUCAAACAAAAGGGUGACACCCAGAGAUUACAGAGAAUGGGAUAAGAUCAAUGUAGACAAGGAGCUAGAAAAGGUGGAUGAAGAUGACAAGAAGAAGAAGGAGAGGACAUUUGUGGGCAAUAAGGAAGUAAUUAAUCUGGAGGACACAUUGGACCCUACAGGGCUCACAGAGGCAGAGAAGCUGGUGAAGGCAAACAGAGAAAAAGACAAGGGCAAUGAGGCGUUCCGGUCCAAUGACUUCAAGGAGGCUGUGACGUACUACUGCAGAAGUAUCUGCCUGCUCCCCACUGCUGCUUCAUACAACAACAGGGCUCUUGCACACUUGAAACUGUCACAGUGGCAUGAGGCAAUAUCGGAUGUGAAUACUGUGUUGAAAAUGGAACCAGACAAUGUUAAAGCCCUUAUGAGACGUGGCACAGCCUACAAAGGCCUGAAGAUGUUUGAAAAGGCCAGGCAAGACCUGGAGAUUGUAGUCAGCAAAGAACCAAAUAACAAAAAGGCACAGGAGGCAUUAGCAGAAAUAACCAAAGCAAAAGAAGAGAAGAAGAAAACAGGCAGAAGAAUGCAGAUUGAAGAAGUUGAUGAAGCCGAGGAUCAAGAAAAAUAUACUUCCAAGGGAGUUAAUCAAUCCCAAAAGGGAGAGAAUCAUAUUGGAAAGGGAGAUCACUUGACAAAUGCUGGAAAUGUCAAUGGUCUUAAUGAAGCUAAGAAGCCUGCUAGAAGAAUGAAAAUUGAAGAAGUUGAGGAUGACGAUGAUAAGAACAAUGAAAUUGAAAAUCAUGGAGAGAGGAACAAACUGAAUGGAAAUGCAGAAACUAGGUUUGAGUGCACAGAAUAUACAAUCGCAAACAAUAACAGUCAAAGAGCAAAAGAUAUAUGGAAUGAAGAUGAAGUGACUAAAAGUAAUGACAAUGCAAUUACCGGAGUUCCAAUUGUAGAACAAGAGUUGGUAGCUAGUGAUAUGGCGAUAAAUAAAUCAAACAGUGCACAUCAGAUGGCAAAUGGUUCAGUUGAAAUGACAAAUGGUGAACAAAAGACUGAAAGCAAUCAGAGAAGUGGUUCUCCUGUUGAAAUAAAACCAGAUAUAAAUAUGUCAGAGACUUUUGACAGUGAGUCAAAAGAGAACAAGGAUUCAGUAUUAGCGGAUAAUGGGGUGAAUGAUGAUGACAGCAAAACUCCAGAAGUUCAGUCUGAUAAAACAGAAGACAAUGAUGUGGAUGAAUUUGCAGAUAAUGAAGGUGUUGAGAAUGAUAAAAAGGCAAAGCCAGAGCCAGUAGUUCAGCAUGUGAAGCGUCCUGUGUUCUACAUGACAGAUUAUCCACUGGACUGCCUGAAUCUGAAGGAAGAAGCCACCACCCUGUUCAGGAGCGGUCAAUAUGGGGACGCUGCUAAGGUGUACGGAAACAUUAUUGACAUUUUAGAAAAAGCACCAGACCAGCAGGUGAACCUGUCCCUGAUGUACAGCAACCGCGCUGCAUGUCACCUGAAGACAGGGGACCUCCCCGCCACUGUACGGGACUGCACCACCUCCCUUGAUAUCAUACCCCAUAUGGUGAAACCCCUUGUCAGGAGGGCCAGUGCGUAUGAGCAUCUAGAGAGGUAUAAGCUAGCCUACAGAGACUAUCGCCAUGUGUUGUUGCUGGACAGUCGGGUAGAGCAGGCUCAUCUUGGAACUAAAAGAUGUCAGGGCUAUUUGACUGAAAAAGAUGGACCUCACUGGAGGGCAAACGUUGAGCUACCAAAAGUGAAUCCUACAGAAAUACCUGACAUAGUAGGUCUAGAUGGAAAGUCUACCUCACAGAUGGUUUAUCCAUCACUUACUCCCAGCCAAUCAGAUCAGGACUUUGCCAGCACUGCUCAGCUAUUGGCUAGCUCUCAAACAUCCAGCCACCAAUCAGAUUCCAGUUUAGAAAUAAACAGCAAAUCAGAUGUGAGCUCAGAAACAAAUAGCCAAUCAAAUGCAACCACAGGUUCUGGUGACAGCAGGGAUGCCCAAAAGGAAGUUCAAAAACUGUCAACUCAGGAGUUGUUUGAGAAGCUGAAAGCAGAAGGAAAUGAAUUAGUGAAACAGGGCAUGUUCAAGGAGGCUAUAGUCCUGUACACGCAAUGUGAUGAGACCCUGCCCAACCAGACAGUCGUCUACACCAACAGGGCCCUCUGCUACAUCAGGAACAACCAGGCCAAAGAGGCAGAGGGGGACUGUACAAGGGCGUUGGCACUGGAAAAGGACAAUGUUAAGGCCCUGUUCAGACGAGCGCAGGCUAGAAAGAUAUUGAAGAAGCACCGAGAGGGCGUAGAGGACCUGAGCCAUCUACUGAAGGUGGACCCCAAGAAUACCGCGGCAAAGCAGGAGAUGGAAGUGCUCAAGAACUACUGGAGGGAGGAGCUUCAGCAAAUGAAAAAUAAAAAAUCAGAUUUACGAGACAGGAAGGAAGAUCUGGAAAAAGAAACCAAGCCUUUGGCAGCUGAAAAUAAGCCCCGAAAGCGCAUUGUGAUAAAGGAAGUAGAAAGCGAUGAAGAGUCAGGGCAGACAGCUGGUAAAGAAACUGCAAAACCACCCUGUCAAACAUCUAAACAAACAUUGAAACAAUCAUCACAACCUGACAAAUCCCAAACAAAAGCAACAGGAGUGAAAUCAGCUGCAGAUCCCAGCAAAGAAGAAAAGCCAAAACAAAUCAGCAAGACACAGUCACAGCCACCAAAAACUGAGCCAAAGCCUGUCCCUGUCAGCAAAACUGCCAAGAAAUCUUCGAAGAUAAAAGAAACGUCCACAGGGUUUCCUUCAGCUCCCAGGACGGCUCCAAAGUUGGAGAAAGCCACGCCAUAUGAGUUUAUAUCGGCCUGGAAUGCCUUGAAGAAGGCUGAGUCCGUGCAGCCAUACUAUGAUCUCCUGAAGCAGAUCAACCCUGCUGAUAUAAAAACUGUGAUUUCCAACAAACUGGACGACUCAAUGCUGAAAGUGAUAACAAGAUGUGUUGCCGAGCAUUUUCUUCCAAAUGAUGAAAGGGAGGAGAGUUUUGCCAUUCUGAAGCACUUAUCCACUGUCCCGCGGUUUGGAACUGUGUGUAUGUUCAUGUCAGAAAACGAGAAAACAGUUGUACGACACAUUUUGACUGACUUGGAGACGUCACCUGCCACUGGGUUUACAGCAUCUGAUGUAACGAGCCUUAGGACAGCAUAUGGUGUUUAAGGAACUUUAGUAUGAGCAACGAUCUGGUAAAACUGGGCUUAAUGCAUGUGCGUUAAGUGUCUUAAAGUAUGCGCAGGCUAAUCAAGUACUACAUUUUCCGCCUAGACUGAAUUUUCAUUUCGAAGACUGCCUUCAAUGGACUGCAUAGGCUAAUCUUGGAUGGCACUUUUUGCACAUGCAUUAAGCCCUGUUUUCCCAGAGUUCAGCUCAGUAUAAUAAACAAGAGUUGACCUAUGACAUGCUUACAUGGAUCUUUUGCCAUAUGUGACUGGCGUAGCUCCAGAACAGCCUGCAUGUUUGGAGCUACUCAAAGAUGACUUGAGUCAUUUUCUGAGAAAACUGGGCAUAAUGCAUGUGCGAAAAGUGUCGUCCCAGAUUAACCUGUGCAGUCUGCACCGGCUAAUCAGGGACAACACUUUCCGCCUAAAUUGGAUUUUUGCUAAGAAGAGACUUCAUUUAAAUGAAAUAUGACUAUAUAAAAGCGAAAAGUGUCGUCCCUGAUUAGCCUGUGCUGACUGCACAGGCUUAUCUGGGACAACACUUUACGCACAUGCAUUAUGCCCAGUUUUCUCAGAGUGUGACUCACUUUAUAGUGGACAGGAUAGCUCCUGAACAGGCUGCGUACAUGUAUGAGAUUUCAUGUGGCCAUAUUCUGCAUGAUGUAACAGGCUGCGUACAUGUACGAGAUUUCAUGUGGCCAUAUCCUGUGUGAUGUAACAGGCUACGUACAUGUAUGAGAUUUCAUGUGGCCAUAUCCUGCAUGAUGUAACAGGCUGCGUACAUGUAUGAGAUUUCAUGUGGCCAUAUCCUGCAUGAUGUAACAGGCUGCGUACAUGUAUGAGAUUUCAUGUGGCCAUAUCCUGCAUGAUGUUACAGGCUGCGUACAUGUAUGAGAUUUCAUGUGGCCAUAUCCUGCAUGAUGUUACAGGCUGCGUACAUGUAUGAGAUUUCAUGUGGCCAUAUCCUGCAAGAUGUAACAGGCUGCGUACAUGUAUGAGAUUUCAUGUGGCCAUAUCCUGCAUGAUGUAACAGGCUGUGUACAUGUAUGAGAUUUCAUGUGGCCAUAUCCUGCAUGAUGUAACAGGCUGCGUACUUGUAUGAGAUUUCAUGUGGCCAUAUCCUGCAUGAUGUUACAGGCUGCGUACUUGUAUGAGAUUUUAUGUGGCCAUAUCCUGCAUAAUGUAACAGGCUGCGUACAUGUAUGAGAUUUCAUGUGGCCAUAUCCUGCAUGAUGUAACAGGCUGCGUACAUGUAUGAGAUUUCAUGUGGCCAUAUCCUGCAUGAUGUAACAGGCUACGUACAUGUAUGAGAUUUCAUGUGGCCAUCUCCUGCAUGAUGUAACAGGCUGCGUACAUGUAUGAGAUUUCAUGUGGCCAUAUCCUGCAUGAUGUUACAGGCUGCGUACAUGUAUGAGAUUUCAUGUGGCCAUAUCCUGUGUGAUGUAACAGGCUGCGUACAUGUAUGAGAUUUCAUGUGGCCAUAUCCUGUGUGAUGUAACAGGCUGCGUACAUGUAUGAGAUUUCAUGUGGCCAUAUCCUGCAUGAUGUAACAGCCUGCGUACAUGUAUGAGAUUUCAUGUGGCAAUAUCCUGCGUGAUGCAACAGGCUGCGUACUUGUAUGAGAUUUCAUAUGGCCAUAUCCUGCAUGAUGUAUAUUUGUCAGUUAUACUAUUUAAUGGUAAUUUAAAGAGUUUCAUGAACAAAUUAAAAUCAUUUCAUUAUAUUUUAUUGAUUAGCAUUUGUUUAAUAAUAUUUGCAAAGGAUAACAUUAAAAAUGAUUUAAGCUACUGUUUUAAAUGAAGUUUGAUCUUGCUUUAAAUUAUCUUGGCAUUAUUAUGCAAUUAUCAUGGUUUAAUCAACCUUAAUCUUUUUUAUGCUCCCCCAAAAUUUAUUUUGGGGGGAGCAUAUAGUUGCCGCUUCGUCUGUCCGUCCGUGCACAAUUUUUGUCCGGGCUAUUUCUCAGCAACUAAUGACCGGAAUUCAAUGAAACUUUAUGGGAAGCUUCACUAUCAAGAGGGGAUGUGCAUAUUAUCAGCGGGAUUUGGUCGGAUGAUUUUUCACAGAGUUAUGGCCCUUUGAAAUUUUCUAUAAAAUAAGUUCUUGUCCCUCCACCUACUGUGCCCUCAAGACGUUUCCUUUUAUCUGAAUAUAUAGUGCAAUAUUGUGACCAAAAAAACCUUUGGGGAGCAUCACCCGUCUCUGACGGUUUCUUGUUCUUUCUGUUGCAUAUUUGGUGUUUUGUUUGUGCUUUUUUGACAACCAAAAGUGGAAUAUACUACAGUCCGAAACCCGAUGGCUCGAACUAGCCUGCCUCGAAUUUCCGAUGGCUCGAACUGUUGAUCAUCAACACACUGAUUUUUUAUUGCUAUAUAUUCAUAUAAAAUGUUGCUGGAUGGCUUGAAUUCACGAGGCUCAAAUUAUCGGAUGGCUCGAACUGUUUUCACAGUCCCGGUCACAAGUUUCACACAUUCUUUUGUUCAGACGGCUUGAACUCGCUUCGGGUCGCAUAAACUGUUAAUUGAUUAGCCUUAGGACAGCUAGAUGAAAGGCACUGGUUGCAAAUAUGUCAUCAACUACAUUGUUAAUUGAUUUUAGUAAAAGAUGACAUUAAAUGAAAUAAAUAUUGGUACAUAAAGUAUAAGAGUAUUUAUUUGGUUCUUAUUAAUUCAAAAGCAGAAAGUUUUACGAAGUAAUACAGAGUUUAAGCAAAAUGUGUACUCUUCAACUGGAGGUGAAAAUAUUCAUAAACAAAAAUCUAUUAGAAAUCGGAUGGCUCGAAUUCUGGAUGGCUCGAACUUCUGUUGCAGAGUUUGAGCCAUUGGGUUUUGACUGUAUAUAUUGAUUCCCUGAUCCACCCACUCCUAUAUAGUGCUCAACAAUAGAACCACGCUCUCUGAAAACUUGGCUUAAUGCAUGUGGGUAGUGAUUUUCAAGAUUAGUCUGUGCAGUCCACACAUGCUUAUCAGGGACGACACUUUCAGCUUGUCUGGUUCUUAUUGUUUUAAGGAAGUCUCUUCUUAGGUGGAAAGUGUCUCAUUGUGUUGGCCUGUGCAGUCUGCACAGGCUCAUCUGGGACAACACUUUACGUACAUGUAUUAAGACCAGUUUUCACAGAACACUGCUCAUUAGAAUUCAAAUGAAUAAAUAAAGCAUAGACUGUGGUACAUAAAGGACAGUGAGAAGUGCUAUGAACAAGGACCACAACUCGAUAUUUUCAGACUUAUUGCCCUUUGUUGAACAUGCAUAUUUCAAAACACACCCCAGGAAACAUGAAAACAAGUGUUAUUCUCAUAAAGAAUACUUCUUACUUGAUACAUUUUGCACAUUCAUACACCAACUGUAUAUCCAUAUUAUGUUGCUAAUCAAUGCUGUCAAAACCAAUGAUAAAUUGCACGCAUAUUUGUGUUCAGUGCUUAGUUUAUUGUGCUAUUAUUGUAUUUGCAUAUGUUGUGAUUUUUGUUAAUGGAUACAAUAACAUUUAAUGCAAUUGUUGUGUGGGAGAGGCACUUCAUUUUCUAUUAUUUUGAAGGUGUUAAAUACAAAACUGUAUUAUGUUAUUUUUUCAUCAAAAGAUUUAGUCAGAUAUAGUUAAAUCAUAAUUCAUGAAAGGCGCAGUAUUUUUGUUUUGACACAAAAUUAUAAUUGUUAAUUAAAUAAUUAUUUAAGAUUAAAUUUAUCUGUAAAAGUUCUUUGUUGAUGACAAAAUACACUGUAUCUUGGUAAUGUUAAUAUUGAUAUUUGAAGUCACUGUGGGAAAACUAGUUUUUAUGCAUGUGCAUUAUGUCCUCCCAGGUCAGCCUGUGAAGUCCACACAGGCUAAUAAGGGAUGAUACUUUCCGCCUUAAACUUUUUUUGCUAAGAGGAGACUUCCUCUUCAAGAAAAAUACAAUAAAAAGGACAAGGCUGAUUAGCCUGUGGGAACUGCGCAGGCUAAUCUGGGACAAUAAUUUACAUGCAUGCAUUUAACCCCCGUUUCCCAUAUUGAAGCUUAUUUAUUAUUGGGUUUAUGAAUCAGUGUCAUCACAUUUAGGUGUCAUUUUUUCAAGUGCAUGCAUACACUGAGUAUGUUGUUAAUCAUCACUUUUAUCAUGUGUGGCAAUAAAUGCUCUAAAGGUGUUUGCUUUAAGUUUGAUUUGAAUGAAAGUUCUGUGUUGUGUUCAUAUGUUUUUCUUAAUAACAUGACAAAUUAUAUAAAUAGGAAUACAUGUAUUACCAAAUUUAUGUUCAGAGUUUUAUUCAAGUCAUACCAAAGACAUGCUAUUCUCUAUAGAACAAGAUUUAAGAUAAUUGAUUUAAACACAUUUUUAUUAAUAAAAAGUUUUACUUAAAUUUGACCAUCAAGUUUUUGUAUUAUGCAAUUUGAAACAUGCAUGUGAAAUUUAAUUUGUAUGUAUAACAUAACAUUGUUUGCUAUGAAAUCUAAUUGUUUGUAUUUGCUUUUGAAAAAUAAAUCUUUUUUUAUAGACCACAUUAUUGUAUGGUUGAAGAUUAAAGAGCGAAGCGCAAUAAGGCAAGUCAUUGGGAUGCAUUAGUAUUUAUGACCUAUGUAUUUGACUGUUACCAAAAUGGUGCAUAUCAUAUUUGUAUGAUGGGUGGAAACAAAUGCUUAAGUGAUCUAUGAUGUUUGGAUGUUUCUGUUGUAUAACAAUAUUGGAGUAAAAACUGAAACUUA